AUUGGCGACAAGUAGAGCCGAAAGUCAGUUCUCAAGUCAAAAACAGCUGCCAAAGCACCAUCAAUUGUCACACUCAAACCGACAUUCACUUCACUGAACUCAAGAUGCUGAGCCACUCCAAGACCUUCAUCGCCAUACUGGCAGCAGCAGCAUAUCUUCCUUCCACUCUGGGCUGCAUCUGGUUCAAUGCCACACUCCACGAAGGCGCCAACAAAGCCAGUUCCGCCGAAGAAGCCAUCGACCUCCAAAAACAAAAGACAAGUGGCGGACAAGUCGGCGAUGUUCGCCUAGACGUCUACUUCUGGGAUGACAAAGACAACGACGAUAUCGUGGAGCCAUUGAAAGACGCUUUCUGUACCGGAGUGGACCUCAAGCCAUAUGCAGACAAUACUUGGGUUGUGCCAUGUACACCAGAAGAGAAGCAAGUCGAACUCGACAUUGUUUACAACCCGGAUAUCACAGAAGGUGGAGUGCUUGUCAGUGUCUUCAAGUAUAAAUAUCCGAGAGAGCAAGCGGAGGCCUCGAACAAUCCAGACAAAGAUCUCAUUUACACUUUCAAUACUGAGAGCAAUGACGCGAAAGGGGAGU